AUGCCUUCUGCCACACCCGAGGUCGAGCCGCGACUCCUUGUUGUCGCCAACCGUCUGCCAGUAACAGUCAAGAAGUCUUCAGACGGCAAAUAUGAGUACGCAAUGUCCGCGGGCGGUCUUGUGUCAGCAUUCGCCGGUCUGGCUAUGUCAAUGAAGUUCUUGUGGUACGGCACACCUGGCAUGGAGAUUCCAGAUGAAGACAUCGAAACAGUCACGAAGGGAGUCCGGGAACAGGACGACCGAUUUGACUGCGUGCCAAUCUUUAUGUCCAACGAAAUCGCGGACAAACACUACAACGGUUUCUCAAACAGCAUAAUGUGGCCUCUAUUCCACUAUCAUCCAGGCGAGAUCACCUUCGAUGAAGACGCUUGGGAAGCAUACUCAGAAGCGAACCGCAUUUUCGCCAAGCAGAUUGCCGGUCAGGUACAGGAUGGCGACUUGAUCUGGGUCCAGGAUUACCAUCUGAUGCUUCUACCUCAGAUGCUCCGAGAAGAGAUCGGCACAUCCAAGUCGAAUGUGAAGAUCGGAUUCUUCUUGCAUACACCAUUUCCAUCGAGCGAAGUAUACCGGAUACUUCCUGUCAGGAAUGAGGUCCUUCUCGGUAUCCUCCACUGUGACCUGAUCGGCUUCCACACAUACGACUAUGCUCGACACUUCCUGAGCAGCUGUUCGCGCAUUCUCAAUCUGACCACAACUCCCAACGGCGUCGAGUUCAACGGCCGCUCCGUCAGCGUAGGUGCGUACCCGAUUGGCAUCGAUCCGCAGAAGUUUCUCCAAGGUCUACAGAAAGAGAGCGUCAAGAAGCGAAUAGCAACGCUCGAAGAGAAAUUCAAGGGCGUCAAGCUCAUCGUUGGAGUCGACCGAUUAGACUACAUCAAGGGCGUCCCGCAGAAGCUUCACGCACUGGAGGUCUUCCUAACUGAUCAUCCUGAAUGGGUCGGAAAAGUCGUCCUUGUCCAAGUCGCGGUGCCAAGUCGACAAGACGUCGAAGAGUACCAGAACCUACGCGCAGUCGUCAAUGAGCUCGUCGGCCGAAUCAAUGGCAAGUUCGGUACUAUCGAAUUCAUGCCUAUUCACUUUAUGCACAAGUCGGUCAACUUCGACGAAUUGUGUGCGCUUUACGCCGUGUCAGAUGUCUGCUUGGUUACAUCGACGAGAGAUGGCAUGAAUCUUGUCUCGUUCGAAUACAUCGCCACUCAAGCCAAGCGAAAUGGCGUGCUCGUGCUGUCAGAAUUCGCGGGCGCAGCACAGAGUCUGAAUGGCAGCGUCUCAGUAAACCCUUGGAAUACGGACGAGCUCGCUCAUGCACUACAGGACGCUGUCACCAUGAGUCCAGAGGUGCGAAGCCAGAACUACGCCAAAUUGAGCAAGUACGUCAAUAAGUACACCAGCGCUUUCUGGGGUAUGUCAUUCGUUGACGAGCUAAAGAGAAUCUCCGCACACGGAGAGAGGAAGCUCAAGCUUCGGAGAGCCUCUCUUGCAAAGUCGAUGACAUCGCUGAAAGAUGUGAAGCCGGUCUCGGACCAGCCACGUAGUCCGCCAAAGAAUGGAGAGGUCAAUGGCAAGCAUGCCGAUUCGACCUCAAAGACGGAUCAAGGCGACUAUUUCCGAAAGGACUUCUCAAUGUAA